AUGAUUAUUUUAACAAAAUCUUGUUUUUACAUCUAUGACGUGAGAAAUAGAAAGAAUGUAGAUUCAGUACUUACUGACCUUACCGAAAUUUCUUCUUGCGUUUCAUGGCAUCCCUUACUUGACACAGUAAUGAUUGGUACUACAAGUGGAAAAGUCAUGUUCUACUCAACUGAGAAAUCCAAGAAUUCAGUAACACAAUAUGUACCGCAUACACAGGAACUGACAUCUCAUGCUGUGAAUAGUAUUACCAUUCCAUAUAAGAAUGUUUGGCCAGAUGGAUCCAUCAUAACAACAGCAGCUAAUGGAGUGUCUUCUGUGUGGAAUUACAAGACCUGUCGUAAAAUUUAUGACAUUUCCACUAACGAGCCACUUGGAAAUUCAUGUGGAGCGUUGAACGAAGAUCAUUCUAUAUUUGCAUUUGCAGUUACGGAUAGAUUAGUCAAUCCAGCAGCGAUCAAUGUGAGUCUAGAUUCGAGUCUUGUCUUUUAUCCUGUUUCUAAAUAUUUAUCAGAAAUUGACAAUGAAUCAGAAGAAGACGUGUUGGUAAAACCAUUUUUGGACUCAAUUAGUUCAGAGCAACCACUGAAGACAAACACUUUGAAAUUUGUGGAAAAGGUAUUUUCGAGUAUGGAUUAUCACAAGAAACCAAGACAACCAAGCUAUCUUUCCUAUUUGAGAUUGAAAAAAGCAGCUAAACACAACCAUUCUGAAAAGAUGUAUUUUUCUAAUUUCCAUGAUUUACCGAGUGAAUUAAUUGGAAACAUACUCGAGUAUUUACAAGCCACUUCUCUGCCUCUGUUGUCCGUAGUAAGCAAACAAUUUAGAGAAUGUAUUUUUGAAAGAUUGAAUACUUUGAUUAUUGAUUCCCCAAUGCAUGACAAGUUUUAUACAAGUUUUUUACCAGAAUUUAUGAAUGUUCAGCAUUUAAUAUUCAAAGGCGUUGCAGUGCAGGAUGUCUCUUUAUUGAUUUCACAAGUCAGGAACAAGGUUGAGAAAUUGACAUUAAUUUUACCGACAACAGAUGUGCUUGCUCCAGGUAUUAACAUUGAGAAUUUAUUGGUAUGGAACAAUCUCUCGGAAUUAGUCAUUUAUCACUCGCGACGUUUGCUGGUACGAAACAAAACAGUACCAUUAGAAAAUUGA